GGCGCAGGCUUCCUUGAAUUCGGCGGGAAUUUUGAACUUCCCGCGCUCUAGAACUACGCACAAUUCCAUGACGUAAACGAGAACUACACACGUUUAACCGAUGACGUUCUACACAAGCAGUGUAGGAAUGUUCAUAAAUUUCUUGUUUUAUUUCAUUUUUAUGCCAUAAAUGUCUCUUCAUUUACGAAUCAGUGAUAAAGUCAACAAUCACUAUGACAUCAGGAACAACAACACUCAGUAAUACCAUGGAUCAGUUGCUUCUUGGGGUGAUUAAAUCGCUCGAGAAAAGGCGAGGAGUGUGUGAUGUGAAGAUAUCUAAACGACCGCACCAAAAGCAUGAGAUCCUCAACUGGGAGCAGAAGCAUUCCUGUCUACUUCCUGAUGAUAUAAAGUCCUUCUACCUGUCAACAGAUGGCUUCCUUUUACAGUGGAGUGCAAAACUAAAUGAUACAAAAGUCCCUGUGGGUCGGAUGGAGAUAAACGCCAUCACCAAUGUUUCUCGGAUAACCGGGACUGGGGGUGGUAAAGACGUUCCAUCAACACGCGACAUUGAAUCAGAUGAUGAUGAAGAUGAUGAUCCUGAUAUUCCUCAUUUUGACUCAAGAAGUAGGAUCUUUGAACUUGACCCAUGUGAUGGCCAUGGAAAGGUCUGUCUCGUCUAUAAUGGAACAAAAACAGGAAUCCCUGCAACAAAGGCCAGUAUAUGGUUCUUGGACCGUGCACUUAUCUGGCAUUUUCUCUCGGAGAACUUUACAGCAUAUUAUCGACUCAUGGUGAUGCAUUUAGGCCUUCCCCAAUGGUAUUACCUAUGUACAGAUCUAGGACUUAGUCCACAGGCUAAACAAUGGUUUAACAUCUAUGCACCAUUAAGACUCAAUUCAAAUCAAGGCCAGCUACCCAGUGAAAGUUCAGUGGAUAUACCAGUUAAUCAAGUCGAUGUAGGAAGAGUGUUCAAAGGGAAAGUGGAGAAAAAAAAAGCGCCAGGACAAACAACAUUGGUGAAAAAGAAGUCAGGAACUAUUCCAGCCGUGAAGGCAUCGUCUGGAGCGAGCCGGAGUGCAACGCUAGCAAAUCAGGGUUUCCUACGUCCUGUCCUGAAAUGACACUCUGUCACCCGUUGUCGACAAUAACCACAGUUUGGAUCAUGUGUGCAUUGGAGCCUUAUGAGGACAAUUA